GUCACAGGGGCGUUGUGCAGGAGGUGACACUGAACACCAAACAUGGAGUAGAAGCCAAGUCCUAUGAGGCGAGAUACUUGGGCGAGGCAGCAAAGUUGAAGCCGUUGGAGAUUGAGCUGAAGAGGCUGGAAGAUCUGAGCGAGAGCAUCGUCAAGGACUUCGUGUACAUGCGACAACGCGAAGAAGAGAUGAGGGACACAAACGAGUCAACAAAUUCUCGAGUGCUGUACUUUUCACUCUUCUCCCUGUGCUGUCUCGUGGGACUGGCGACAUGGCAGGUGCUCUAUCUGCGCAAGUUCUUCAAAGCCAAAAAACUCAUUGAAUAAAUGCCUUCUGUUGGUGUACCUUUUGCAGUCAUGUUCACCAACAACAGCAGGUUUCUUGUCGCAAUUACAACUGGUGUAGCAACUGAUAAGCAGCAAUCUUUGCUAUAAGCAGCAAUUUAGUUGCUUAUCGGUUGCUACUGCAGCAAUCGAACAGCGCCAUCAUCUACAACAUUGGUUGUUGCGUCUUGAUACCUAUCUAAAGUAUCAUUAGUGUUAAACGGCAAAGUGAUAAACGAUUGCUGUUGAUGCUGUAUUUUUUUUCGACUAAAUGCUUAUUUUGAAAGUACUUAGCAGCUUUUCAAACCUCAACUUUGCAACCUCGUUGAGAAACACGUGAUUGAAAUGUUUCAAAGGUUUCUAACAACAUUGUUGGUGGUCUGACAUGAUAAAAUUGACAAGUGUUAAUGGUAAACCAAGCUUCCUCUCUAAUAUUGUGUUGGCUUUGAUCUAGCUUUCCGUGGUCACUUAUCAGCGUUGUGCAAACUUUUCUAGACCACUUUUUAUCAGCGAUGUGCAAACUUUCCUUGGUCACUUAUUAUUGUCAUCAGUGCUGAGCAAUCUUUCCUCAGUCAAUUCUAUCCAGAGUUGAGCAAACUUCCUUGUUCACUUCUGAUCGGCGUUGUGCAAACUUUUCUUGGUCACUUUCCAGCCUUUCUUGUGUUUUUUUUUUU